UUGUUUGGGUUUCCUAUACUGCUAAUCCCCUACUAACACGUUCACUUGUUUCGAACGCAAAGCUCCACCUCCUCCGUGUUGUAAGCGAUGACGUAUUUGCGUUGCUUGGUGUCCAGAGUGCGUCGUUCCUAACAAGUAGAUGACAACGGAGUGCGAAGUAAGACGAAAGCACAAGAGAACAAGUGUAAGACAACGUUGUGAACGGAGCUCACAGAGAGAGGGGUGUGUGUGUGACAUGGUUAACUUCAGUCAGUGACGAGGUAGCUCACAUUGCAGGAAAUUAUCAUUAUGGCGACACUGUUAUAUAUUUUAUCAAAUUAACAUAACCAAGUUUGACUUCAACGUUUCCUGGCGUUUUUACAGUCAAGGCCAAAACAUUUAUCAAGAAAAGCUUUGCUUCAGUGGGGUCGUCACACCGCCUGGCGUGCACAUGUUGCAUUUCUUGUAAAUGAUGUUGGGAAAGAUAUACAUGGCUCGUCAAGACGAGAUUUUGGACUGUUAUAAGUUCACAUGCACAGCAUUAAGUAGUUGUGAUUUUUUUUUUUUUAACAAAGCAGUAAUGUAAUCUUGUCACAAGGAAGGAAGGAGCCUUAAUCUCAGGCGUUAUCGUAGUAGUCAAUCAACUAGCAGGUCAAAGGUCACGUAGUUGAACUUCCAGGUCAGUACAAGUACCGUAUUAUCGCUAGGACAUUUAGUUAAAAGAAAGAAAUCAACAAUGGCAAACGUGUCGUUAGAGUCGUUCUUUUUACAGCUCGUGAACAAAGUGGAAAAUAUCCGCUCUCAUUUAAAUAGGAAAAAAACCAUGAAAGAAGAGGUUCGAACCCUGGAGUUUUGGCGAUCCAUUAUAGCCGAGUGUUUGGCAACAUUUUUUUACGUGUUCUUACUCUGUGGAGCCCACAUAUCAUGGCCAAAUGUUGAACGCACCAACAUUCUGGUCAAAUCAUUCACCAGUGGCUUGACUAUCGCCACACUGGUCCAGUGCUUCGGCCACAUAUCAGGCGCUCAUGUUAACCCAGCAGUGACACUUGCGAUGCUCUUAACCCAGAAGAUCACCCCACUUAGAGCAGUUCUUUACGUAACCUCGCAAUGUGGAGGAGCCAUAGCUGGCGCAGCUCUUCUGUACGGUGUAACGAUCCCUGGUUACCAGGAGACAUUGGGGUGCACCCUGGUUCACAGUGAUCUUGGAGCCUGGCAAGCAUUUGGAAUUGAAUUCGUUCUAACGUUUGUCAUUGUCUUCACUGUGUUUGCAACAAUGGACCCAAACAGAAGAACGCUGGGAAGUAAUGCUGUUGCCAUUGGAAUUGCUUACCUAACUGCCUCAUUAAUCGGGCUGCCGGCAAGCGGAGCAUCACUAAAUCCAGCCCGUUCUCUUGGUCCUGCAUUUGUGAUGAACAAGUGGCACCAGCAUUGGUUCUUUGCACUAAAAAAAGAAAAAAACCGACAUCAAAAACUUAUUCAAUAUGAUGCAAUACAUGGACUCCCACCGACAAGUGAAACAAGUGAAUUUAAUCCAGUACCGAGUUACUAAGGUAUGCACCAAUUA